AUGCCGAACUGCAGCUGGGUGCCGCGCCGGGUGCCGUGCUCUGGUGGCCUCCUUUGUGCCACCUCCGUGGUCACCAGAUCCUGCAAGGGAGCUGAAAGUGAAGAUGCAUCACUUUGUAGAAGUCCUCCAAUGGUUCAGCUCUCUAAAACACGGCGCUGGUGGGGCACACAAGCACUAUACCAGGAAGCGCUGAGAGCGUGGAGAGGCCGAGCCGCAGCUGUAAUUUCAGGAGUGGAAAUCUGUUUCUCAGUCCAGCUCACGGUUCAGCCACACAAACACUUGUCCCAGUGCAGAACUGGAGACAGUGAACCGCAUGGCCCCACCACCGCUGAAAAUCUCCUGGAUGAACCACAGCGUUUGUUUGUCUUCACUCAUGGCCACGUUGGUGUGAGAAAACCUCCUCAACCUUGGAAUCACCAAGCAGGAGGCGUUCGGCAGCAACGGCGGAUAAAGGCAGGCAGGAGGGCGAGCUGCUGUCUGGCUUGCUUGGUGCCAUCUUCACGGGGAUCCCUCACUCAGGUAAGCCACUGCGCUGGGCCGGAAGGACGCCAGCUCUCAUGGGGCGGCCCUUUUCCUCACACGAAAGGCCCAGAAGUCUCUAACGUGGCAACUGCCGACAGCUUCGUGCUGCCCCACGUCCCACAGCCGCUUCAAAAUGCCGUCUGCCCGGUGCCUCCGUGUGAAGACCAGGUGGCGGGAGGUCGACAGCUUCCAUUUCCUGGAGAGGGCUGGCUAAUUUGCAAAAUGGCUGCAAGGGAGCGGGAGAGGCCUUUCCUUGCCUGGCGGAGGGUGGGUGCCGGUGGAGGCGAGAGGUGGCCCCGAAACCUGCCACCCUCCCCAGGCUGCCCCUCCUCGGGGGGCUCGCGGAAGGGAUCCCACCACCUCCAUUUCCUCGGCGAUGGCCAUGGGGUGGAGAGGAUUGUAGACAAAAGGAAGAACAAGAAGGGCAAAUGGGAAUAUCUCAUCAGGUGGAAAGGCUACGGAAGCAAUGAAGACACCUGGGAGCCUGAACAUCACCUACUACAUUGUGAGGAAUUUAUUGAUGAAUUCAAUGGACUACACGUUACUAGAGAAAAGCGAUCAAGACAUGGGAAACAGGCCAGCGCUCCAAAAUUUUUACGGGAAAGCCGAGGGUCUUCUGUUGAGAAAAUAUCACAUAGACCUUCUGAAUCUGGGAAGUCUAAAGGGUCAACACACAAAAGGAAGAGAAUUAAUCCAUCUCUUCAAAAACAGAGAAGAGGAUAUGCAGCAAAGCCAGCAUCUGCUAAUGACAGGGCUGCUAAAACUGUGACUUACCGAACUACUCCCAGCGGUUUACAGAUCAUGCCACUGAAAAAGCCACAUAAUGGUCUGCAGAAUGGAGAUGGCAGUCAUGAAAAAGAUUCCAGACAUUUUGGGAAUGGCUCACAACAGCAAAAUAUGGAUUUAAAUGAUCAUGAAGGAGAACAAAAUUUGCCCAGCGUGUUGGAAGUUAGUAAUGAUUCACCUGUUGUGAAUGGAAUUGGUUCUUCUCUGGCCAAUGGAAGCUUGAAUCUACACAGCACUGUGAAAAGGAAACUAGAUGGGGAGAAAGAUUAUGUCUUCGAUAAGAGACUAAGAUACAGCGUGCGUCAAAAUGAAAGUAACUGCCGGUUCAGGGACAUUGUAGUCCGGAAAGAAGAUGGUUUCACACAUAUUUUGCUGUCGAGUCAGACUUCAGAUAACAAUGCACUGACCCCAGAGAUCAUGAAGGAAGUUCGGAGAGCAUUGUGCAAUGCAUCAGCUGAUGACAGUAAACUCUUACUUCUCAGCGCAGUGGGAAGUGUAUUCUGUAGUGGCCUAGAUUACUCAUAUUUAAUUGGCAGGUUAUCCAAUGACAGAAGAAAGGAAAGCACUAGGAUUGCAGAAGCUAUAAGGGAUUUUGUAAAAGCUUUUAUUCAAUUUAAGAAGCCAAUUGUGGUUGCUAUCAACGGCCCUGCUCUUGGGUUAGGAGCUUCUAUUUUACCACUAUGUGAUAUCGUUUGGGCAAGUGAGAAGGCAUGGUUUCAGACACCAUACGCAACAAUCCGACUCACUCCAGCUGGCUGCUCAUCAUACACAUUCCCACAAAUUCUGGGUGUUGCACUGGCAAAUGAAAUGUUGUUCUGUGGGAGAAAGCUGACAGCACAGGAAGCCUGCAGCAGAGGACUAGUGUCACAAGUAUUUUGGCCAACAACAUUUAGCCAAGAAGUGAUGCUACGAGUGAAAGAAAUGGCAUCCUGCAGUGCCGUGGUAUUGGAAGAGUCCAAAUGUCUCGUGCGGAGCUUCCUGAAAUCCGGACUUGAAGAUGUGAAUGAGAAAGUGAGGAGCUCUUCCAAAGGACUGGAUUCAUUAUUCAGCUACUUGCAAGACAAAAUUUAUGAAGUCUGAUGUCCUGGCCUAACUUAAAGAGAAAAUGCUCCACUUGUGAACAGAGUCAAACAUUACCUGUGUUUGAAAAGCAGAGGCAAUGCAUCCUUGAGGAAUUUGUGACAGUGUAUCCUAAUACAUAUGGUUGUGUCGAUUUCCUUGUGAGCUACACAGCUGCUUGUAGCUGGUUUGAUUUUGUGUAACCGAGACGUAGGCAGGCUUGUUCAGUGCACAUAAUCUCUACAGAGGGCUGCAUCUUCCACAUGCUCAUCCAGAUAAAGUAUACAUUCCAUGUGCUGAGAAGCACCACUGAGGCCCAAUAAGGCACGCCAUCUGUAAUGAUUUGUCUGUCCUUAACUUAUUCUUGCUGUUGCAACACAUCUGGGCUGACAUAGAGGGCUCAAUCUAAAAACUGGGUCAGCACAAUAUUUUGUAGACCCAAACACCAUACUUUAGAAAUAUUUUAAUUAUUUUUUUCUAAGUUCUAACAGUGUAAUGGAAAAAUCUGAUAAUUUAUAUGUAUAAUAUGUAAAGUUAGUUUUACAAAAACUACUAGGAUUUUUUUCUUUGUUGAAUUUAUUUAACUUAUUUAUUUUGUGUUUGUAUUCAGCUGUUUAUUGAUCACAGAUCUUAUUUUCAUACUUCCCUUGACUGAAUUAAUGGCAUCACAUGAGAAUGCAAACACAUUUUUAGCAGCAAAUUGUGUAGAAAAAUAAAGGAUAUAUAGAAAACACACAGAAUGCUGUGGGCAGUAAAAGAAACAGCCACGUGCAUGCUCCUCUGUGCAAAAUUGUACAAAAAUUGUAUGAAAUAGAUUCAUUUGCCAGGGUUAAGGGGAAGAAAGUGGAUUCUGAAACAGUGAGUCCCCCCUAAGUCUCUCUUCACUUUCUGCCUUCUUGAGGAGCAUUGAAGGGCUUGCCAACAAGAUGCUGUAUUUAAGUUUACUAUAUUCCUGUUAGCCGGACGUCAGUUACAGGGUGAGUGGUGCCGUUAUGUGGCAUCGUACUCUUUUUCAGGUUUAAACAUCCCCAUUUGGUCUGAAGUCUAAAAGCAAAUCCUUAUGAGCCUUAGUCUAGUUGCCUGAUUCCUCAGGUGUGAGAUAAUUUCUGCUCUGGAGGCCUUUGGGUGUGGGCCAACAGUUUAUACAAGGUGCUAGGUAUUGAACUAAGUGGAGGGAGAGGUUUUGUUUUGCUUUUCCCAGCUCUCCACAUCUGGCCACCCCACCAUCUGUUACAAGAACUUCUGGCUAUCCAUAAAAGCAGUCCACAAUAAACGACAAAAAUCCAAUCUGCUAUUUUAGAAUGUGAUCCUAGUACUUUUUCAGUGACACUGACUGACUUCUGAACACUGGAUCGCUCUCAUUUCUGUCUUGCUAGUAAGGCAAUUAAUAUGGAAAUAACACAAGCAUGCUCUGUGACUUCACCUGCCAUUUUAGUAUGCCCAAAUUAAAACCUCUUGAAGCAGAAGCUUUGCACAUUUGUUUGCUUUGUAAUUUGUGCACUUGCUCUCCAUCCUUGAGCUCAGUGACUUGGUUAUGGUUUAAACCUCUGCAAAUGAGGCUUCUAGGUUUUCUCCCUCCCAGUAUUUCCAUGAAGAGUUUCAACAAAGCCUUUGUGAAGUUAACGAACAGGUGAUUAUCAUAAACAGUAGCCUUCAACACAUUAAUGUAACAUUUAUUUUUCCACAAAUAAUUAAAAGUGCUGUUUCUAUGGCCUAAUUGUACCACUGAAUUUUAAGGAAAUCAUUACCCUAAAGGCAGAAGUUCUCAUGGAAAUUCUUCAAUAAAAAGACAAAAUCUGGCUUCUAAUUAGCCUGUUUUAAAUGUUUUCAAAAAAACUUAUCAAAACAAGUAACUUAUUUUUAAAUGUCUGAAACAGAACUCUUUCAAUAACUAUUUGAAGUGAUAGAUGCACCGCUUGUUUUAUACUAACACUUACUUAUUUCCACAACCUGCCAGCAAUGCCACAGAGCGCAUGUGCAAAGCCUUGCUUGGAUCAAGGCCACAGGACCCUCUACUAUGCCAGUGUGCACACGUGAGUCACCUGUGUGGCAGUCCCAUUAAAAUGAGAGGGAUUACUCAAGUGAAAACCACUCACAUGCAUACGUGUUUGCACAAUCAGGCCUCCAGCAUAUGACUUCAGAAAAAAAAAAGAAAAAAAAAAGCAAUGGAAAGUACCAUGAUUCCUCAAUUUCCUUUCUUUCCUUUAUUCCCGUCCAGAGAGCCAUAACUCCUAGUCAUGUGUUAAUAAGACAUUAAGGAAUUUAUUUCAAUACUAUGCUUGUUUUUUGUAGAUAAAUAUAGAAAAAUUGCUCAGCAAUGUGAAGAUAUGCUUUCCAUAUGAGAUUUUCAAACAGAGAAGAAUAAUAAGUUGUUACACCUUUAAACUGCAUCAUUUCAUCUGAAUUUUCAGAUAUCUGUAUCUUAGCAUUUUUUAUGACAAAGGAAUGGUUGAAAUACAUUUUCUAUAAUUAUUUUUCCAUUAAAGCAAGCGCUAACCAUAGUUAACAUUUUUAAUUAUUCAUAUCUAUACAGUUACAAUCUAGUUUUCAUGGAAUCUAUUUUCCCUUCAAUAAAAAGUAAUAACAAUGUCAAAAGCUUCUUUUCCAGUAUUUAAAGAUCAGAAUCCAUUUUCUCUUGUGUUUCUGUCCUUACUAGGUAUUCAGAUAUCUAGAUGUACUGUACAUAUUAGUCUGGGUACCUUUACUAAUAUUCACAGUAUUUAAGAUUAUAAAUGCAAUUUGUUGUUAAGUAUGUUAUUUUAUUCUUGUGUAAAUUGUUUUGUACAAUCUUUAAAACUCUACAGUUUUGCAUUUGUAGAUAUUAAAGGUAAGCAAUUUAUUUUGUGUUGUCCUGCAUGUAUAUUUUUGCUGUAGAUAAGUGUUGCUUAGUUUACUAUUUCAGUACAUUUCUGUUUAAAUGAAUAAGCUUACAAACUUUAAUACAGUAUAUAUUUUCAGAAUAUAAACUUUUAUAUUUCUGUGGUAGGUUAGGGUAUGCGUUUUAGGCAAUCUUUUUCACUACUAUUAACUGUUCUUUUAAUCUAUAAUAUAAUGGUUUUGUGCCAAUAGUUUUUCAUUAGAAUAAAAUGCUCUUUUAAUGUUAGGAAUAAACAGACAAUUUUGGUUGGGGUUUGUUUUAUUUUGGUUUUUUUAUUAUUAUUAUUUUGCCAGCCUUUACAGUUUUAAAUGUAAUUUAUAAAUGUAUUGCAUUUGUGAAUAAGCCUUACCAUUAGGUACAAGAAAUCUUUAAAGCUACAUAAUUGCUUAUGUAGUACUAAGGACUUCCCCAAAUAAUUGCUGUAAGAAAGUUAGCAAAUCGGAGUACAGGGCCUUAAGUUUUUCUCGUGAAAAGGAUAAUACGGGUUGUUUCUUUUGAACAACAUAGGUAGACUUGUCAGCAUGGGCUUUGUUAUAUAUAAACUGUGCAUUUGUGCUCCCAACCACAGUAGUUCAAUCUCAGGCUUUAUGUGGCUGGGUCUAUAAAAGUCAAAUCUGGCUAAAGCCAGCGCUCUUUAGGAGACACUAAAGAAGUUUACAUAAGAGACUUACAGACAAUCUUAAUUAUAGUACAUUUGGGUACUCGGUAUCCUAGAUGUGUUAUCUGUGUCUGCCCAAUUAACCGUAUGUUUUAAGCCAUAUUAAAUCUCUUUACUGCUACUUUAAAUACUACACUGAAAGUCAUUCACUAGCUUGCUUACUCACAGACAGGAUUUCAAUUUUUAAUGAAUAAAAAUAUUAUGCCUUCCAUAAAAACAAAGGACCAAAGAAUUGCAUUGUUCUAACAAAGCAUUAGUUCCUUCGCCAGUGAACUAGUUUGACAUUUGUACUGAAGAUCAGAUAGUCUCCUUCUGCUACAAACACUGCAUUCUCAUCCACGUCAAGUGUAAGGGGAAAAGAUGUAUCCACUGACCUAUUGGGAAAGGAGUGACGUUCAGCUAGGAUGGCAUGUCUAUUGGUAAGGCUUAUUACCAAACCUCUGAGAUGAAGCAAAGAACCAAAAAUUCACAAAUUAUGUCAAUGUAAAUUUAUUUUCAGAACUUGCACAAAUAAUUAAUUGUAGAACUUUUCAAAUUAGGCCCUUAAGUUAUUUUGUCAGGACACCAUGAAACAGACUAAAACAGUUUCUAAUAUUUGUAAUGAUGAGUACAUAUUAUAAUAUUAUAAGGGUACAGGCACCCCUAUAUCACAGUGUUGUAAAUAUUUUCUGAAACUGGUACAGUACUGAGGGACUUGUAUCUUCUGAUAUAUCAAAUAUUGACUGUCUAGAUCAAAUUGUACACAAUUUAUUUGUUGAUGGUCCUGUAACUAGUGUAUGGACACAUUUCUGGGUGCCUUAGAAGUUGUAUUUUUCAUGUGUGUUAAUAUGCAGUAUUUAUACAUUGUGAGAAGCUGCUUUGAAUAAAAACAUUGAAACUUCACUU